AUGUCUGAACCAGUUAAUGUUUUUCUAACAGUCACAGAUGACUACACUGAUGACAAAGGUAAAGUAUGGCGCAAAUUCUCGAAAGAAAUUCAAAUACAAGAAGCAACAUAUAUAAGAUUCAACACAAAGCUUCUAUCUUUAGAUAAUUAUAGAGUAUGCCUUUCCUGGGUUACGAUUAGCGUGGCAAAUGUUAAAAUGAAAGGAAUUAGAUUUUCUGGAUUAUUACAAGUAACAGCGAAGGGAAGCAUCCAUGCAAAAAAUUGCACAUUUGAGUCUUCCGAUUCUGAUCGCGAAUCAGUAGUAGAAGUUUUUGCUCAAUCUUCAUCAAAAUUCACAAAUUGUACUUUUCAUAAUGCUUCUAAGUCCGCUUUACUUGUACGAGACCGAUCUAAGACAGAAAUUAUUGAUUGCACGUUUGAAAAAAAUGCUCAUUCUUCAUUACUUCUUUUAGAUUCUUCGAGUGCGGAAAUUACUCGUACCAAUUUCAAAGGCGCGAACAGGUUUGCUGUAUACGUCUAUAGAAAGUCAUCCACCACAUUUACAGAGUGUUCUUUCAGAGAUAUGGCCGGAAAAGCAGUUUUUAUUUUAUACGAAGGAAAUUCGAGAUUUUCUAAAUGCAGAUUUAAUAAAUGCCUAGGUGGCGCUAUAAGUCUCGCGGAGACAUCGAUUGCAAACGUUUCCGAUUGUUCAUUUGAUACGAUAAAUUAUUCGGCAGUUCACGGAAUAAAGAACUGCUUUUUAUCUGUUGAAAACUCUAGCUUCAUUAGAUGCAAGGGGAAUGGCGUAAAUUUCGAACAUUCGAACGGAUACGUAUCAAAUUCAAAUUUCGAAGAUUUUCAAUACCCAAUAUUCGCUGUUUUUGGGCCAAACGCUCGCCCAGAUAUUAAUAACUGCAAGAUUACGAAAUUUAAUACAUUUGCAGCCAUUGCAAGGGACUGUGCGAUUCCAGUUUUCGAAAAUUUGGAUUUUUCAAAUGGAAAAUCCCAUUGCUUCUCGAUUUCUGACUUCGCUUGCGCUCUUGUGAGGAACUGUAACAUAUCGCAGUUCGCAGGAGCAGCAUUUUCCAUUUACAACGGUGCAAAAAUUAUCGCGGAAUAUAAUAAAGUCAAAGGAUGCGAAUUAUUCGCUAAACUAUUCCUCCAUUCGACCAGCACAUUUAGAAAUAACUACAUCGAGCCAGGAAUGUCGAUUUCAAGAGAAUAUGGCGCCAAAUACGAAUUUGUCACUAACGUGGCCUUAAAACAAGAAACCGAUAAAGUAAUACUCGAAUCAUUACCAAAACAAACAGGCUUGAGUGAUAUCAAGUCCGGGGAAAUGAUAAUUUCCAGGAAUAAGAAAUUAAAAACCCUCAACCCUGUCAGUAUGCCGCCGGCCUCAUUGUCAAGCGUUCCUCGUGAUGUUAUUGACGUAAUUACUGACUCUUUAAAGAGAUCUGACUAUGAUCCUCAAAAGAGUUUGCCACUGGCUCAGAAAAAGGAUAACCACAGUUCAGAAAUUCUUAAAGAUCUGCUAACCCACGUUUCCGAACAAAUUCCAAAGGAGAAUCAUAAAAUCAUAGAAGAAAAGCAAGAAACAAACGAACCAGAGAAGCAACAAUGCGACUGCUUCGAUGAGAAGUCAAUUCUUGGUGAUGAAAUUGAUGAAAAAGCUAUAGAUUUAGAAGAUCCAAAUAAUAUUACAAAAUCUGACUCCAUGGACGAAGUUAUCGUUAAUUCUGGUAAGAUUGUAUUAAGUAAUAAAUCCAUUAAGCUCGAUGACGUUAAAUCUGAACCAUUUGAACCAAUAGAUGUUGAUGAAUUGACAGAUCAGCCAGGAUUCAGCGCCGUUGGGUCUCCAAAGCCAAUGUGCUUCAAAUGCAAACAGCACCAAGCCGAAGUUUACCUUUCUCCGUGCGGACAUUGCGUAUUUUGUGAAGAAUGUGCCAAAAACGAGCAAUUUUGUCCUCUCUGCUCAUCGGCCAUUCAGAAAAGUACGAAGGCUUUCGAUUCCGGCCAAUGCCUCAUUUGUUACGGACCUCAUGACACAAUUCUUUUCCCAUGCGGCCAUUUGAACAUCUGCUACGCGUGCGCGAUGAGGCUUUGGAGCGAGGGAAGGAAAUGCCCUGAAUGCAGAGAGAAAGUUAUCUCAUUCAGACACAUUUUCCCGAUGUGCGAUUUAUAG